AUGGGACCUGAUAACGACAAUAGUGCCGUGCUUGAUCUAAACCUCAGGGUUCGAGGUAUUGCAAACUUGCGAGUGGUCGAUGCAUCAGUGUUCCCUAACAUAACAUCAGGCAACAUUAACGCCCCGACAGUCAUGGUGGCCGAGAAAGCUGCAGACAUGAUUCGUGGAAUUGACACUGUUGGGGAGUUCAAGAAUCGCGUGUGGUCGGUAAUCCUAAAUAUAACCAAGUGCAAUGUUUCUGAAGCUACUGCUGGUCGGUAUUCUUACCGGUUUUUCUGGCGGUAUUUCUACUACCUGGAGCCGGAAAGCAUUAUUUCUGACACGGUUAAGGAAGAGUAUGAUUAUGUUGUUGUCGGAGCCGGAACUGCAGGUUCCGUGGUCGCCGCAAGGCUGGCAGAGGAUGCCGGAACCUCCAUACUCCUUCUUGAGGCCGGGGGACAUUUUGAUGAGUCAAAAUUGACAAGCUGGGGUUCCGGCUGGAUCGCAUUGUAUACGUACUCGUUUGAUUGGGGAUAUUACACGGAGAGUGAAAAAGAUGUCUUCAAGGGACUAGCUGGGAAAAGAUCUUACUGGCCAAGGGGAAAAGCCCUCGGCGGUACCGGAGUUCUAAACGGGAUGCAGUAUACAAGAGAAAGUAGAUUUGAUUACGACAGAUGGGCUGUAAAUGGGUGCGUUGGGUGGGAUUAUAAAAGUGUUUUACCGUAUUUCCUUAAAUCUGAAGACAUACAUAUUUCUGAACUAUAUUCCUCCUCAUACCACAGUCGGGGCGGGCCCAUAGCUGUAACUUACAGUCCGCCGUCUGGCCUAACCCCACUAGUGCUAAAAGCGGGAUUUGAACUCGGCUACAACGUCACUGAUUACAACGGAGAGUUACAGGAAGGGUUCAGUGUUGUGCAAAGCACACUACGAAAUGGUAUUCGAAGCAGCACAGCGCAUGAAUUUAUUGCUAAAGAAAAACGACAAAAUUUGGAUAUUGUCACAGCUCUUUGGUAA